UUCAAAGUGCUCUCUAUUAAUAGAUAAUCUGCUAAAUAGUGUACAUCAUCUGACGUGUAUUCACUGAAAUACGAGGAAACUGUGUGAAAGGAUUUGAACAGUUAUUUUGGUAAAAUGAUUUUCAACUUUUACAAACCAACGGUUAACUACGGAAGCUGGGCUGACAGAUUUAGCAGUACUUGGACGUUUCUACUUCUGUUGAUAUUGGCACUUCUGACAGCUUGGCGCCAUUACGGAGGACCAAACUUUAUUUGCCAAGUACCAACCCACUUUACACAACACAUGACCGCCUUUGCUGAGGAAUCAUGUUGGUUAUCCAGACAAAUUAUACUGUCUGAGUCAUUAGGAUAUUUCUCAGAUUCAGUGGAUAAAAUAGUAAUGCCCGACAAGGAGAGUUUAAGCGAAGACAGCACACGAACUCUGUACCAGUGGCUUCCCUUAAUUUUAGCCCUGCAGGCACUUUUGUUUUUGUUACCCGACAUUAUUUUAAGGAUUUGUGAGUCAAGUUUUGGGUUUGGAUGCCAAAAGCUUUCAAAAAUGAUACAAGACUACAGGCAGAAUUCUGCAGACGACCGAAAGUCUUUUGCAAUAGAGAUAGGUUCAUAUCUUCAUCAAGAGUUUAGUGAACGUUUUCUUACGGUCCUGCCUUUUGGUAUUUUAACAGUACUACUAGCCUUCGUGAAAUUGUUGUUUUUUGUCAAUGCUGCGACACAGUUGAUCAUUCUAGAGGGAUAUUUAUCACCCCAAAAUGUCACGUCUUACGGCCAGUAUGUCUUUGAAAGUAUAACCAACACCAAUUAUUCAAAAAUAGCGUAUUCGCCUGUUUUUCCACGAGAGGUAUUGUGUGACUUGAAGUUUAUUACACUGUCGAAUGUGCGAAAGUACGCUUUUCAGUGUUUAGUACCGGUCAACGAAUUUAACGAACAAAUCUGUUUCUUUGUUUGGAUCUGGAUUCUGGUAGUUUGUGUUGCAGCCGGUACCAGUGGGAUCUUGUUCCUUGUAAAGUCAUUAUUACCAAUGGCGAGACAAAGAUACAUCAAGAAGUACCUAUGUAUGUCAAACAUUUCUGUCACGUCAUCUGAAGUCAGUUCCUUCAGUGGUACUACGAUAGGACAAGAUGGUGUCAUGGUUUUAAAAAUGAUCGGCGAUAUAUCAUCUGAUAUCUUGGUGAAAGAUAUUGUCAUUCAAAUCUGGAAUAUUCAUCGAUCAAAGGAACAACAGAAUACCAUAUCAGCACAGCAAACAUCUUCGUUUCAAGCAAAUAUACCCGGUAGUGAUUCACAUGGUCAACACGUGACUAACGUAACGCCUGCUGCUCCUCCUAAAAUGAUUGCUAUGGACAAAACUGGCGUUUAACCGUUUUAUAAUCAACAAUCAAUAUCCACUGGUAUUUAUUCAAAAUACUCAUUUGUUAUGUACAAAACAUAUAUUUUGAUGUUUGUAUAUAUUAGCAUGCAUAUUUACGUACAUGUAUACAUACUAUAUUCAACAUGCUAAAGACAAUAUAUAUUGGAGACCAACAACUGAUUUAUUUUAUAUAACCUUUUGACUCUUUUAAAUGUAAUUGAUUAUAACUUACUAAUUUUAUAUACUAUAGUCGUUUCAUCUUUUUUUAACUGUACCUAAUCUUCUUUUAUACAAAAUAUAUGCUUUUUCUUAACUC